AUGUAUGGAGAUGGGUUGUGGAAUGAUGCCCCUUGUUCAAAGUCACAAAAUUUUGUGUGUUACGAAGACCAACAAAUCCUGAUCAAGCAGAGUCUGACCUGGCGGGAAGCUUUGAAUUACUGUAGAAAGAAUCAUUAUGACCUGGCCUCAGUGCAUACUCAGGAGAUGCAGCUCUGGGUGAAGGAAGUGGCUCAAGAUGCCUCCACUAAACACGUGUGGCUCGGCCUGCGUUAUGACUGCACUCAGCGUAUCUGGUUCUGGGUUUCCGGAUCAAUGAUCUGCUACCAGGACUGGGCACCGGGAAACGGGACAUGGAAUAAAGACUGCAGCCAAGAGAAGAGAAGUGGAGCAGUGCAGUCUGAAGGAAAGCAGCAGUGGAUCGACCUGCCUGAGAGCUCUCGACUCAACUUUAUCUGCUCUACUUAUAAUGGUUAG